AUGCAGGGCAAAAUUAUCGGGGGGCGCACAGAGGGAGCAUUCCAUACAUGUGCAGUGGGAGAUGUGAGCGAUGCCGUCAGAGAUGCCAUGAAAGGGUCUCCACAGCUCCUGCCUGAAGACAUUUAUUUCCGAGACGAGUGUGACACCAUUUAUGACAGGAAUGGCGAUGUUGUGGAGGUCAUGUGCUGCGAUUACGGUUUCAGAUCUGGCACUGGACGAAUGUACCAGGAUGGUUACCGAGCAGUCCCAAAGAGUGCAUGGGACCUGGCUGUUGAGAACUUUGCUAUUGAGUACAAUGCACUGAGAAGGUCAGUGAGAUUCGAUGAGUACCGACGGAUAUCGAACCAAAACCCACCACAGUCUCCAUUUGGACAGCUGAGUUAUUGGAUCGGAGGCUUCGUGGUUAAUUCCUUGGCGAAGGUAGACAAGGCUCUUGAGGAACGUGGCAUGGUUGGCGAAAUCGACUCUGAAUUGGCACGCAACAUUUGUGAAAGAGGCGCAAACGAGGAGUGCACAGAGAUACUGUCGAAGCUCAAGCAAUUGAAACUUGUGAACGAGGCCGUGUGGGAACGUGAAAGGCAACGCGAAAAGGCUGGGGGUGGGGUGGAAGCCUCGCUCCCGGUGAAGGCUGCAUAUCUGGUACUGUGCUACGUCCUGGAUGUACUUUACAACAAUCGCCCAAUGCAGCGCUUCUGGUUCCUGGAAGUCAUCGCCCGGAUUCCUUACUUCAGCUUCAUCUCGAUGCUGCACCUGUACGAGUCGCUGGGAUGGUGGAGGGCUGGCGCUGAACUGCGGAAGGUCCAUUUCGCAGAAGAAUGGAACGAGUUGCACCACCUCCAAAUCAUGGAGACGCUGGGGGGCGACAAAAACUGGAUCGACAGGUUCUUGGCGCAACACACAGCCAUUGUCUACUACUGGAUGCUGCUUGUAUUCUAUUUCAUUUCUCCCGAAACCGCGUACAACUUUUCCGAGCUGGUGGAGCGGCACGCAGUGGACACCUACACCGAAUUCGUGGAGUGCAAUGCUGACGUCCUGAAGACGAUGCCCGCGCCGAGCGUUGCGGCCCUAUACUACCUUGGGAGCGACAUUUACAUGUUCGAUGAGUUCCAGACGAAGAGGGAGCCCAGGAGGCCCCUGUGCGCCACAAUGUACGACGUGUUCUGCAACGUCAGGGAUGACGAGAUGGAGCACGUCAUGACCAUGAAAGCUUGCUCAGACCUCACCAUCGGCACUGAACUGGAGCAGAGGCGCAUUCCGAGCACGGCUGAAGAAGACUGA